CAGAGAUGUCAUCUUACCUAAUCACUGGUGGACUCGGCUCUUUGGGUUCAGCACUCGUCCGGCAGCUUUAUAAAAACGGCAAUAAUCAGAUUACUGUGCUUGACAAUCUCAGUGCACAUUCGGAUCUUUCAUUGAUCCCUCAACAUGUCCGUGAUUCCGACCGUUUUACGCUCGUUGUUGGUGAUACCAGAAACGAGCAACUCGUCCUGCACACGCUGAAGAACAAAUGUAUAGAAAUCAUCAUUGACUGCGCGAGUCGAGCCAGCAACGCAAUCGGUCAAUCGCCUGUUGCUGGAGCGCGGAAUGCGAUGCAAGGACUUACACAUGCGCUGGACGCUGUGCGUCAGUACGGCCAACUCAAGCAUUAUCUGCUGAUUAGCUGUCAAAGUGUGUACGGUAUCGCCCCGUGCGUCGAAACGUCCCCAUUGGCGCCAACAACAUGGCGUGGAGCCGCCAUGAUGUCUGCCGAAGCCAUGUUGCACUCGUACGUCAUCUCUUAUCACCUUCCUCUGGCCAUUGUUCGUCUGAGCCUUGGUCUGAUCAAUGACGGUUUGGAACAAAGGAUGGAGGAUAUGAAAAGCGUGAAUCUGCUGACGAUGGAAGACGCAGUGGAAGGCAUUUUAUUGGCAAUAGAGCACUCCAGCAAUGCCGAAGUUUGGAAUAUAGGUGGCACCAGCGAUUAUUCCACUUAUGAAGUGAGACAGGUGUUAGAUGGAAAACAAAUCACACCAUCUGCUUGUCCGUCAUCGCUAUCUUCAGAGAAGGCCAAGAAUGAGUUGGGCUUCGAAGCACACGAAGAUGAGCUAAAAGCACUUGCAAACCUUUGCACACCAGCAACACCCCAGCCAGCUGGUUCAGCAGCCAAGAUUCUCCUUUAUGGCUCCAAAGGCUGGAUUGGACGACAGUUUGUCGAACUAUUGCAGAAGGAAGGUGUGGCUUAUGUGGAGGCGAAGACUCGUCCAGGGACCGAUGCCGAUGACGUCAUUAGGGAAGAGAUGGUCCGCGUUGCGCCUAGCCAUUUGGUGUCGAUGAUUGGUCGAACUCACGGAGAAGGAGUAAACUCGAUCGCGUACCUCGAAGGUGGAUCCGAUAAGCUGGAGCUGAACAUGCGCGAUAACCUCUACGCUCCAUGGAUCCUAGCCAGUUUAUGCGAAAAGAUGAACAUUCACUAUACUUACCUAGGGACGGGUUGCCUAUUCAAGUACAAUAGCGAACAUCCAAUUGAUGGGCCAGGUUAUAAGGAAGACGACGUUGGGAACUACGAUGGUACCUCGUACUCAGCAGUCAAAUGCUUUACCGAUCGUCUUCUGCGACACUUUGAUAACACGCUUCAAUGCAGAAUCCGCCUACCAGUUAACUAUGAACCAGAUAGCCGGAACCUAGUUGCGAAGCUGAUGAACUUCAAAAAAGUGCUGGACAUUCCAAAUUCGAUCACGAUUCUCCCUGACUGCUUACCUAUUCUGUUAAACAUGGCCCUCAAGAGAGAAACCGGAGUCAUUAACCUGGUAAAUCCUGGUGCUAUACGUUUCCCAGAAAUAUCCGAGAUGUAUCGAAAAAUGUUGAACCCCGACUGGCAAUAUGAAGUUUUGCCUGCUGACCCCGACUCAGAGCUCGUUACAACCCGAUCUCACUGCCGUUUGAGCACGAAAAAGCUCGAAUCAAUGUACCCAAAUUUUCGCUCAGCCCGUGAUGGAGUAGCCCAGGCUUUGGAACAGAUCGCCCUAGCUAAGGGGCUGCGGACCAUUGCUCAAGCAUGAAUCCACUUGAUUUGUCUUUCAGACUGUGAUAUCACCAUGUGCAUGUGAUUUUUUAAAUGCAAUAAAUAUUAUUAUGAAC